UCAUCGGUCGGCGCCGGAAAAGCUUUCAGCAUUUGCGGCGGGUCGAGGGCAGCCUUUUGGGUGGAUUUGAUGUGCGUGAAUUGAGUUGUAUGCGUGACCAGGGUCCGCCAUCGCGCAUGGCGAGGGACCUGAUCGGGCCGGCGCUGCCGCCUGGCUUCAAGGCCUGCGGGUCAGCGGAGGACAAGGAGCGGGACCCGAGCCCAGUUGCAGGACCAGCUCUGCCCCCUAAUUAUAAAAGCAGCAGUUCAGAAUCAUCAGACAGUGAUGAGGACAGCAGUUCUUUGUAUGAAGAAGGAAAUCAAGAAUCUGAAGAGGAUGACACUGGUCCAACUUCAAGAAAACAAAGGCGAAAUCAGGAUGACAAUGAUGAUGAUGAUGGGUUUUUUGGACCAGCCCUUCCUCCUGGAUUUAAAAAACAGGAUGAUUCUCCUCCAAGGCCUAUAAUAGGUCCUGCAUUGCCACCUGGUUUUAUUAAAUCUACACAGAAAAGUGACAAAGACAGAGAUGAUCCAGGACGACAAGAAUCAUCAUAUCUCAACUCUGAGGAAACAGAUAGCAGUGAAGAUGAGGAUAUUGUUGGACCAAUGCCUGCAAAAGGACCAAUUAACUAUAGUAUAACAACAGAGUUUGAAAAAAGGGCCCAGAGAAUGAAAGAAAAACUGACUAAAGGAGAUGAUGACUCAACUAAACCAAUUACAAGAGAGUCAUGGAUGACUGAGCUUCCUCCAGAAAUGAAAGACUUUGGUCUUGGGCCAAGGACUUUUAAGAGAAGAGCUGAUGACAGGUCUGGAGAUCGAUCAAUCUGGACAGAUACUCCAGCUGACAGGGAAAGGAAAGCUAAGGAAACACAAGAAGCAAGGAAGUCAUUCAGUAAGAAAGAUGAAGAAUAUACAUUGACAGGAAGGGAUAAGAGAUUGGCUGAGCAAGUAUCCUCAUACAAUGAAUCAAAAAGAUCAGAAUCUCUUAUGGACAUUCAUAAUAAAAAGUUAAAGAAUAAAGCUGCUGAAGAUAAAAAUAAGCCCCAAGAGAGAAUACCAUUUGACCGUGAUAAGGAUCUCAAAGUUAAUCGUUUUGAUGAAGCUCAGAAAAAAGCCCUAAUAAAGAAAUCUAGAGAACUAAACACCAGAUUUUCACAUGGCAAAGGCAGUAUGUUUUUAUAAGUACUAUUAGAAAAAAAUUCUUUGCUGAGUUAUACCUGAGAGGAAGAAUUAACGUGGAGGGAAGUGAUUGGAGAUGGUACGCAUGUAACAUCAACAGCCAAGUCUUCUAUUUCAGAAUAUUAUUUUAUUUUGCUUCGCUUUUGAAGCCAUUGUGAGAUUUAAGUCUACAGUUACAAAAGCUUGUGCUACUGUAGAAGAGGUAUAUUUUUUUGCAACUUACAAAGUUAACUGUGGCUUGUGAUAUGUAUAAAAUUAAAGCUGAUUGCUGCUGCUUUCAAUCUUUUCA